AUGGGCGCGAUGGUCCGCAAGCGGCUUGCGUUUCUAAUUCUGGCGUUCACCAUGACCCAAACGAAGCAGGUGCUCCCCUCCCAUGGAAAUCCUGUGGGAGGAUGCACUGGCUUCACGUUCUGGAGGAGUCCCAGAUUGCCACCUUCCACGUCAUCGGCGCUGCAUCGUCGGCCCGAGACUCAGACCAGGACCUCCACGGCCGUCACGUCUGGGAUCUCGGAGAGGUGGAUUUGGCCAGUUCCCGAUGGAUUCGAAAGUGCGCUUGCUGCACUCGCCGGAUGCUUCUUCUUUGCUUACAGCGCCUGGCUCUCAUUCCUUGGUUUCUGUGCAGGAUUUCCGGCGGCAGCACUCUGGACCUUCGCGAUUGGAUAUGCUAUCGGCCUCCUCUGUGGGAUUUUCCUCUACAAGUUCGACUCGGGCAUACAGGUUGCAUCUGGUGCCGGGGUGCUCCUAG